GUUAGAUCGAGGUACGGGUGAAAUGCGGCGGGGGUAAUCUCUCAGUCGCCGUAUCCGUUUCUCCAAGUUCCUCCAACGACCACUACCCCUUCCUCCCGCAGACCCUCCCCCGCAGAUCCUCCUCCUGGCGACUGUUCACGAAAUCGACCACGUUCCUUCGUUCACAGCAGGUCUGCAACUGGCGAUUCUUUGGCCUCCCGGCCUAGUCCGUGUUCUCGCUUGCAAGUGCAGCAGCAUACCACUUCUCCCUUGAUACCACCCGCCGAUGUCCUCGUACUCUGAUCUCCCGAGCUCGCCCCAGUCGCCAGGAAGCAUGUCUUCUAGGCGGCUAACCAACCGGAACACCAACCGGUACAGCGUGACGGCCCUAUUUAGCAUGGCUGCUGAGCAGGACGUAGAAGUUGAGGAUGAGUUGGGUCGAGCUCAAAAGCGGCUGCGCGAGCUCAAGUCGCGCAUCUCAGCGCAAUCGAAACGCAACUUCGUUCUCGAGCGGGACGUCCGCUUCCUCGACACUCGUAUCGGGUUGCUCAUUCAGAACCGUAUGGCUCUAGACGAGCAAAACGAAGUCGAGAAGCACCUCGAAGAAGUGGAUGCGACUGAGGGUCACUACCCCGACGACCGCAAGCUGCAACAGUACUCCAACCUCUUCUUCCUGUUACAGUCUGAGCCACGCCACAUUGCCAAUCUGUGCCGGCUGGUCAGCUUGACAGAGAUCGACACGCUCCUCCAGACGGUGAUGUUCACGCUCUACGGAAACCAGUACGAGAGUCGAGAAGAGCACCUGCUGCUGACCAUGUUCCAGUCUGUUCUCUCGUCCCAGUUCGAGACAGCCACGGAGUUCGGUUCAUUACUCCGUGCCAACACUCCCGUCUCACGGAUGAUGACGACUUACACUCGCCGAGGACCCGGACAGAGCUAUCUCAAGAGCGUUCUUGCUGAGCGCAUCAACAGCCUGAUCGAGCACAAGGACCUAAACCUUGAGAUCAACCCCGUCAAGGUCUACGAGCAGAUGAUCAUUCAAAUUGAGGAGGAGACAGGCACUCUUCCACCGAAUCUGCCCCGUGGUGUCGCGCCAGAAGCCGCGAGCGCAAACCCCGAUGUGCAGGCCAUCAUCGCGCCACGUCUCACUAUGCUUAUGGAGAUAGCAAACAGCUUCCUAUUGACUAUCAUAGACAGCAUGGAGAGUGUUCCCUAUGGUAUCAGGUGGAUUUGCAAACAGAUUAGGAGUCUCACACGACGAAAGUACCCAGAAGCCACAGACUAUGCCAUCUGCUCACUCAUCGGUGGUUUCUUCUUCCUGCGUUUCAUCAACCCAGCUAUUGUUACUCCCCAAGCCUACAUGCUGGUCGAGGGAGUUCCUGCCAAGCAUCCGCGGAGAACACUAACCUUGAUCGCCAAGAUGUUGCAGAACCUGGCGAACAAGCCGUCCUAUGCAAAGGAAGCCUACAUGAUCACGCUGAAUCCCUUCGUUGAGAACAACAAGGCGCGGAUCAACCAGUUCCUGAACAACCUGUGCGAAGUUGGCGACUUCUACGAUACGUUGGAGAUGGACCAAUACAUGGCAUUGUCAAAGAAGGACCUUCUUAUCAAUAUCACGCUGAACGAGUUGUACAACACGCAUUCCCUGCUUCUCCAGCACGUCGAAGUCCUAGCGCCCAAUGAGAAGCAGCAUCUCCGCAUCCUCACUGAUGAGCUCGGCGCUGCACCUGCGCAGGUUCCUCGCAAGGAGAACCGGGCAAUAGAACUUUCGCUGUACAGUCGUUGGGAGACGCCAAUUCAGGACAUCCAGAGCGCGCUCAUGGACUCGGUCUCGACGACAGACAUGCUCUAUAUGGAGACCAAGUCCAACCUCGUCCAGCUCAUCCGUUCGCUUCCCCCGACGGAGAAGAAGCCUUACAACCUUGCUGCGAUCGCGGAGCGUGCAGCGACGACGAAGGACGCCACGCUGGUGCGGAAGGGCAUCAAGGUCAAGGAGAUGCUGCGCGAGCUCGAGGAGUACAAGGUCAUCGACAAGACCGACGGGUACAAGCUCAUGCAGGAGGAAGUCGGUGCCGAGCUCGUCCACCUCGGGAACCUCCGUGACAAGGUCCUAGCCGAGACGAAGUCAUUGGAGGCGGUCUACAAGACGAUUUGCGACCACAACAACUACCUCAGGACUCAGCUGGAGCAAUAUAAGGCGUAUCUGCAGAAUGUGCGUCUUACAGCGACCAAGGACAAGGGUGCGACGACAGGAGUUGGCGUCGUCACUGUUGGCGGAAAGGAGAAGAAGCCUGCGAAGCCGGUCAUACAUGGGCCGUACCGUUUCACACAUGCGCAACUGGAGAAAGAAGGUAUCAUCGUCGAGAGUAACGUCCCAGACAACAGACGACCCAACAUCUACUUCAACUUCACCUCUCCCACGCCGGGGACAUUCAUCAUCGCUCUGCACUACAAGGGCCGUGAGAAGGCUAUCCUCGAGAUGGAUCUUAACAUCGAUGAUCUUCUUGAGAAGCAAAAAGACAAUAAGCACCUCCUCGACCUCGAGUACGUACAGCUCAACGUACCGAAGGUGCUCGGUCUGCUCAACAAGAUCUUCACGAAACGAUGACCGCCUACCCCUGGAGUACCUUCGUUCGUUCACCCCUUUGGUUUAUUUAUCACGAUCCAUUAUGCCUGUGUAAACCGCCCUACGUCCUCCUGCAUUUCGCGACACCACCCGCCGCCCGACUGUCUAUACUCGCCUCUUCGUUCGCGCUUUCUCUACUAUAUCCGUCUCCUCUUUUGAGGUCGUCACUCUCUCUAUUUGUCUCGAUAUCCUCUCUGUCUGGUUCUCGUCGUCACACACAGCCCUUCAACUGCGCGGCUCUGUAUAUCCCCCCGUCUUUCGCGAACAGGAUGUAUUAUCGGUAGUCUCGCUGUAUGCACGUCUAUCUCGAGUAAUUGUUGUGGCAGUGCAGGUAAUAGAAGGGGAGUUGGUUCCGAUGUUGUCUCUGUCUC